AUGAGUUUCAAAGGCUUUUCCAAGAGCAUGGUCCGAGCACCGCAACAAUUCAAGGCUAAAUUCAACAUCGGCGAGCACACAAAAGAUGCCGUUUACAUGGAUGCCGAGCGUCGAUUCCAAGAACUCGAGACCGAGACCAAGAAGCUGCAAAUGGAGUCGCAGAAGUACUUCAACGCCAUCAAUGGCAUGCUGAACCACCAAAUUGGGUUCAGCAAAGCCAUGACGGAAAUCUACAAACCAAUCUCCGGUCGCAUGUCUGAUCCAAACUCGAUGAAAAUUGAAGGAAACCCCGAAGGUAUCGAGGCCUGUGAGGAGUACGAGUCCAUUGUAAAGGAGCUACAAGAAACUCUCGCGCCGGAGCUGGAUAUGAUUGAAACUAGGGUUAUCAGGCCAGCUACCGAGCUGCUAGAUAUCAUCAAAGUUAUUCGAAAGACGGCCCAGAAGCGCGACCACAAGCAACUCGACUACGACCGUCACCGCGCGGCUCUCAAGAAGCUGCAAGACAAGAAGGAGCGCUCUGCCAAGGAUGAAAAGGCUAUGUGGAAGGCUGAGGGGGAUGUAGAGCAGGCCACGCAAGACUUUGAGUACUUCAACUCAUUGUUGAAGGAUGAACUGCCCAAGCUGUUUCAUCUUGAAGCCGAAUUCAUCCAGCCGCUGUUUCAGUCGUUCUACUACAUGCAACUCAACAUUUUCUACACCCUCCACGAGCGAAUGCAGCGCUGCGAUAUUGGAUACUUUGAUUUGACUAGAGACAUAGAGGAGGCCUUCCACGAGAAACGCGGCGAUAUUCAAGAGCAAGUGGAGGCUCUCUCAAUCGUUCGAUUCAAGACGACCGGUCAGCGACGCCCGCCCAAGUACCAACCUAGACCGGCUCUGGAAGGGAGCAAACAGCCUGCGCUUUUGACUUACGGCAACGGCCCGUCUAGCCCAGCCUCGAAGCCUAGCCCGAAACUAGGCGGUUACCAACGACCGACCUCUACAAUACCCGAGAAGUCAUCCGCUCCGCCUCCGUAUAGUGCCGGAAACUCGAGUAUGGCCUUGGUCGCGGCUGCCAAGUCGAAACCACCGCCACCAAAGCCGAAGCCCAGCCACCUGGCGGGCGCAAAGCAGGCUGAAACAGUCACUGCACUGUACGAUUUCGCUGCUCAGGCAGACGGUGAUCUCAGCUUCUCGGCUGGUGAUGUCAUUGAGAUUGUGCAAAGAACACAAAACGAGAACGAGUGGUGGACAGGCAAAUUGCGCGGCAGGCAGGGCCAAUUUCCCGGAAAUUAUGUUCAGACAUCGUGA